AGCAGCCCCUCGGCCAGCAGUUGCGGCCGCCCGACUUUCUGUUGCAGUUGCGGCUCCUCCCCAGGCAACAUGUCAAGAGCCGCCGCCGCUACAGCUGCCGCCGCCACCUGGAGAAAAGCAGCAGCAGCGGCGGCUGCCGCGGGCGUACGGGGGCAAUAAGCCAAGCCGCUUGGGCGCCCAGCUGCCCAGGAAACCCUCUCCACGCUUACUGCCCCGUGGACCCCGCGCCAUGUGCUGAACCAUGCCCUUCGCCGCGCCCGCGGGCAGCGUAUGGGGCAGCGCCUGAGCGGCGGCCGGUCCUGCCUCGAUGUACCCGGCCGGCUACUGCCGCAGCCGCCGCCGUCCCCGCCGCCGGUGAGGAGGAAGCUCGCGCUGCUCUUCGCCAUGCUCUGCGUCUGGCUCUAUAUGUUCCUGUACUCGUGCGCCCGCUCGUGCGCCGCCGCACCCGGGCUGCUGGUGCUGGGUUCCGGGUCUCGCGCCACCCGCUCCUCGCCAGUUAUGAUCUCGGCUCCCGACCGGACGCCCCCCAGGCUAUCAUUCAGGGCGCCGCCUUCCACACAACUAGGUACUGGCAAGGAGGUGGCGGAGGGGGGCGCGAGCCAGGAGGAGCAGAGUCCCGAGGCUCCAGACUCCCCUAGCCCCAUCUCCAGCUUCUUCAGCGGGGCUGGGAGCAAACAGUUGCCACAGGCCAUCAUCAUCGGCGUGAAGAAGGGUGGCACACGAGCGCUGCUCGAGUUCUUACGCGUGCACCCCGACGUGCGAGCCGUGGGCGCUGAGCCCCACUUCUUCGACCGAAGCUAUGACAAGGGCCUCGCCUGGUAUCGGGACCUGAUGCCAAGAACCCUGGAUGGGCAGAUCACCAUGGAGAAGACACCCAGUUAUUUUGUCACACGGGAGGCACCGGCACGCAUCUCGGCCAUGUCUAAGGACACUAAGCUCAUCGUGGUGGUGCGUGACCCUGUGACUAGAGCCAUCUCAGACUACACACAGACGCUGUCUAAGCGGCCCGACAUCCCCACUUUUGAGAGCUUGACGUUCAGAAACCAGACGACUGGCCUCAUUGACACCUCAUGGAGCGCCAUCCAGAUCGGCCUCUACGCCAAGCACCUGGAGCACUGGCUGCUGCACUUCCCCCUGCGUCAGAUGCUCUUUGUGAGUGGGGAGCGGCUUAUCCGAGACCCCGCGGGUGAACUGGGGCGCGUGCAGGAUUUCCUGGGCCUCAAAAGGAUCAUCACUGACAAGCACUUCUACUUCAACAAGACCAAGGGCUUCCCCUGCCUCAAGAAGGCCGAGGGCAGCAGCAAACCCCACUGCCUGGGCAAGACCAAGGGCAGGACCCACCCUGAGAUCGACCCAGAGGUGGUGCAAAGACUGAGGGACUUCUACAGGCCCUUCAACCUCAAGUUCUAUCAGAUGACUGGGCAUGACUUUGGCUGGAACUGAACAGAUUCAGGCUGUGUAACUUACCAUGUGGCUUAUAUAUUGAGAGAGAUUAUAUGUAUGUAAAAUGUACAGAAAUCUAUUUUAUAAUAAUUUAUUUCUAGUUCAUAAGCAAUUAAUUCACUAAGCUGCCUAGCCACACUCUUUAGAGAGUUAGUUUCAUGAUCUGUUAACAUUCCAGAGUGUCUGACUCUGACAUUUUGUUGUUCUCAGCCUCACAAUUGAUGGUGCUUCCAUUUUCUCCUACUUAUUCUAUUUAAACAAGAAAAGCACAACUUGGAGAUUUUUGUUGUUACGGGUAUUCAGCCUUCGGUCAUCAUCCGGAUUCUUCACUUGCCUUCUUCUUGUGUCUUGGGUCUCAGAUUCCAGCUUCCAUGUCUCUUCCUUCCUGUGUACCUAGUAGUAGUGCUGAGCUGCUUCAAUGUGACUGUGCUCUGCAGCUUGUACCUCAUGUAGCAGCUUCUUUGUCAAUGUGGUGUCAUUCCCAAAGAGGUAAAUGCCA